AUUAUCUUUUAUCUCAAGUAAGAGUUUAACUAUAUCUUAUCUCUUCCUUUUUUUUUCCUCCAUUCUUAUGUAUGUAUGCUUAGAUCAACAACAAUAUAUUCCAAACCCCUAUGGAAAAUAUACAUCCCAAAGAAGGAAUGAAGGAUGAAGAGAGAGAAGGGUAUUUUAAACAAGCUACUGGCGAUUAUAAUCCUUCAAAUUGUGCUUCUCAUUAUAUACUUCCACAUCUUCUCAAUUUAUAUGCAUCGCGCGCCAAGGCACAAGAUUUUGAGAUAUAUGCUCCAAAUGCAACGUUUGAAGAUCCCCUUAUGCGUGCAGAGGGGGUAAAGCAGAUAAAAUCAUCAUUUUAUUCGCUCGGGAAGGUCUUCAGUGAGUCGAGAAUCGUGGAGUACAACGUCACAGAGAGGGAAAUUUCUCCUGGAAAUAAAGAGAUUUUAAUUGACAACAAACAAUAUUACAAGUUCUUGGGGAAAGACAUUCAUAUGAUAUCACUAAUCAAGUUGUACACGGAAGGAGGAAAGGUUGUUCGUCAUGAAGACUGCUGGGAUAAGAAACCUUUACGGAAUAGGGAGACAGUGAAGGUACCACUUGUUGGGCGCGUAAUUGAGGUAUCUCGUAGAGCUUCGAUGCUUUUAACACAUGCUCUAAUGGGGUUUGGAAAAGAUCCCUCCAUGUAAAUUGCAGUGAACUGUUUUUAAGUGUUUCAAUUAGUUUUUACCUAGCUGCACCUUUAUAAUCAUGUAAAAUAAUAUCUUCACACAAAUAGCCACGGCAAACUUGUUCUUUACUAUCUAGCUGCUAUAUAUUGAUUAUACACUAUCAUACACAUAUUGAACAUAGAUUAUACGUAUAUUAUAUAUCUGACACAUAUUGAACAUGGAUUAUACGUAUAUUAUAUAUUUGUCGGCUAUUUUUAGUCUAAUCAGUUUGAUGGAUGGAUAUAUAGGUUAAUUAUUCG